AUGAAAAUGAAAAUAGACGAUCCUCCCAAAAGAGGCAGAGGACGAGGUAGAGGAGGUAGAGGUCGCGGAAGGGGUAGAGGCAGAGGCCGUGGAAGAGGCAAAAAGGCAAUUAAAGUUAUUGAAAGUGAUGAAGAGGUCGAAACACCUGUUCCAGAGAUAACCGAAAUUCCACCCAUAGAAGAAAGUGAAAAUAACGAAAAUGCCCAGCCACCAGAAAUUGAUCUUGAAGCUGAUAUAUCACAACUUGAAGCUCCAACAUUCACCACCAUUAAUAGAGGGCCGCCAGAGCCAAUGCUACGUUUGGAUUGGACCCAUAAAGUGAAUCUUAUUGGCGAAAAGGUACUAAAUCCAAUGAUACAUUGUUGUGAUAAGUGUUUGAAACCAAUCUUGAUCUAUGGACGAAUGAUUCCUUGCAAACAUGUGUUCUGCUUAGCUUGUGGUAAGAAAGAACAUAAACAGUGCCCACGUUGCUUAGAAAAAGUGACUAGAGUUGAACAAACUGGUUUGGGUACGGUUUUCAUGUGUACUCAUGGAGGCACCAGAUAUGGUCAGACUGGAUGUCGCAGAACCUACCUUUCCCAAAGAGAUCUGCAAGCACACAUAAACCAUCGUCAUGUCUCAAACAUAAACCAACAACCUAUGGAAGUGGUUGAACCAGAAAGAACAUUACCAGUGCGCACUAAAACUGUGAAUGAUCCAAGAUCAGGGGGAGGAGUGCCCACAAAUCUUAGACCUAGACCACCUCAAGGUCAAUCAGCUGGUGUGAGGACUAAUCUCAUAACUGUGCCAAUACAAGAAUCAUCUCCUACAGUGCAUGAUUCUAUACCUACAACACAACAUUAUUAUAACCAAUAUCCCCAGACUGUGAGUUAUACACAGUCUCUGCCUCCCAUGCAUAUUCCACCUCCACAACAGCCUCAGUACUAUGCUGCUGCACCUCCUACAUAUACUCCUGCCACAUAUCCUGCUUAUACUACAGGGACCACUGUAACAGCUGCCCAGUAUGCAACAUCUGCCCAAGCUCAGGCCAGACCAAAUACCCAGUAUGAUUACAAUACAGCACCUCCACAAUGGACUACUAACCAACAAUACUAUCGAUGA